ACUCAUCUCGCAAGAACCGUUACGAACGAGGUGAUCGUGACAAGGGACAUUACAGUAAGUUUAGACGGAUGGGAGUCUGGGACCUUCUACCAUAGGAAUGCUUGUCCAAGGAGUAUUGUCGAUUCGGGGUAUGUGGACCCUAUGUCUCUGGUAUCGUGGAAAUUUGACUUUGGGGCGUAUGGUAUAGACAGCGGUAAGGUAAAAUGUUUGGCUGACGAUUCGGUAAGAUGGCGGCUGUUUACAAGGAAAGAGCAUUCCGGGAACGCCUGGAGUGUGGAGUGGUUUGGAGGAACGAAGAGUUUGUCCGACAUCAGAGGAGCCUCGUUCAUAAUUUUAACAGCUAUGUUCCCAAACCAUGAUCCACGUUUAGGUGCACCUAAGUUGCUAGUUGAGGAGAAGAAUGCGUGCCACGUAUUCAAGGUCACUGUGCAGCUGAAACGCAAGACCCACACUGUUGAUAAGGCCAACGACUUUUCUGUUGCUGCGAUGAAUAAUGACUUGGGAACAAUGGAACAAAUGCUACAGAAGGACUACAACCCCGAAGAUCUCAAAGAAUUGAACUCUGAGGGGGACACAGCGCUUCAUGUGGCAUUCAGGUGUCGCUCCGACGACGCAGGAGUUUACAUGUUGAAGAAAUGCCCUGAAUUGAGAAACUACAAAAACAGAUUCAACGAAGAACCUUUAGAUAUCGCCAGUAAAAAGAUGCAACGAUUAGCAAACUACAGAUUUACGGAUACAGAAGUCCAGGUGUCCGACUACGAGAAACAAUCUGUCGGCUAUAAUCUAAGGAAUGACCGUGAUUUUGGAGAUGAUGCUAUUGGUCACAAAAUAUAUGCAAAAAGUCUGGCGAACGCCCUGUACAGCUCAAAGCUACAAACGCCACUUACUGUCGGGUUAUUCGCACCAUGGGGAUCAGGCAAGACCUUUCUUUUGAAGUUACUGUUAAAAAUAUUGAAAGGAAUGCAGAAGAAGUAUAACAAAACGAAGAGCACUUGCUGGAAUGAGUUUAAGCUGUUUCUUCAUAUAGUGUUUUUUCUUCCGCCGCCACCAACCUACUUUGAGGAAACUGAUGAGAUGGAUUUCAUCAUAGUCAACUUCAAUGCUUGGGAAUAUGCUGGCAGUGAUUCCCUGUGGGCUGGCAUCGUGACAAAUUUGGUCAGUAAGAUCGAGACUUAUGCUGGUUAUUGGAAGACCAGGUUCUUCCGAAUUGUUGCUAAACCGAAGGAAGUCGCGAAGGUUCCACCAACGAAACAGAACAAAGCAGCCAAUCUGAAACUAAGAAAGACAACACUUAUUGUGAAAUUGCCGAAUUUUGUAUGGCUCGGGUUGUUUUUACUUCUCUUAGUAGCUGCCAUCGUGUUAGCGGUGUUGAUAGCUACUGGAGAGUUGCGAGUGGAGUAUCCUUCCAAUUCAACUGGUAAUGCCACAGAUGAAGUGCAGUCAUCGGAAGGAAGUGCCAAAGAUACACUGAUAGCUAUACAAGCUUGCAUUACAUCUGUUCUCGGAGGGACUGUAUUUCUGAAUAUUAAAAGUAUUGGGAAAGGUAUAAUGACCUUUGUAAAUUCACAGAAAGAUAAGAUUGAGAAGAUGGUCAACAAACCAGAUUUCUCCUCGAAGUUGGGUUUUAUGUCUGAAAUUAAAAAUGAAGUCGUGAUUGCUUCAGCUUUGAUCAACUGGAUUUCCAGCUAUAAGAAGAAACCUAUCCGCGUUAUCAUUACAGUUGAUGACCUUGAUCGAUGCCCCAAAAAGAAAGCUGUAAAAGUCAUAGAAGCUAUGAAUAUUCUACUUUCAGACGAGUUCUCACCCUUCAUUUGCAUACUUGCUGUUGACUCUAGAAUUAUCGUGGAGGCAAUUGAAGAAAGCCUCGGCAAAGUAGCUAUGAAUGCCUAUUUAACAGGUCACGAGUAUCUCAAGAAGUUCUUACAGGUUCCGUUCUGUAUUCCGGCUAUGUCGUUAAGUUCAAAAGAAAAGUUUAUGAGGAAACUCAAGGAAGAGGCUUCUUCGUCUAAUGACGAUAAUGAAGACGAUUUUUAUGGCAUAGGUUGGCAAGACCGCGAAACCGAAGAACCGGAAAAAGCAACUAAGUAUUCGUGUUGCUGUAACGCGAAGGUUGAGGACGAUGACAAAAUUCAGCUCAAAGUUGAAUCGCAAUUCAAUUAUGAACUAAAUAAAGAUGAUAGUUAUAUGGAAGAUCUGUUGAAAGAGUUCGCGAGAAAUAGAAAUAUUACAAUACCUUGCUGGAAACCCACGACACAUCAAGCGAAUCUUUAA